AUGCGUAGUCUGCGGACUUUGAAAGACUUUGCAAUUCCCUCGGACUACAAUUGCAACAAGCCUGAGGGCAAAAUCAGCAAUCACAACCGCAAGAAGUACCCGUCCCUCCUGUGUUCCAUCAGUGCAGAAGUGACCAAAUGCCUGCAACUGGUACUCACCAUCCGCAUGCUGGAUAUGCUGGAUGAUGAUCCAUAUGCGUAUCAGCGGGACAAAAAUCAUUAUUACCCUUUUCAUGAUGAAAGUGAAUGGGAGUUGGGGAAGUUCUUGGUUGAAAACCUUACCCAAACUCAAAUGAUCAAGUUUCUGAAGCUGAAAUGGUUUAACACUCAUGCGAGGCUGUCUUUCAAUAUGAAGGACCAACUAUUAGACUGGAUGGACUCACUCCCAUGUUUUACGGAGUGGAAAGUCUCCAGAAUGGAAUUUUCAGGUUACAAGAUGGUCCAUCCCAUUGACCUUAUUUGGCGUGAUGUGCUAGAGGUUGUCAAACAACUCUUUAGUGAUCCCAUCUUCACGGAUCAUAUGACCUAUACUCUGCACAUCAUCAGUGUUGGAAAUAAGCGUGAAUACAGAGAUUACAUGAGUGCUGAUAUGGCCUGA